GAGACAUCCAACCAUUAUCGAAAACGCAGUCAGAAGCCACGAGUCUAUCUCAUCACACGACGCAGAAAACACCUAACAUGUCGACCCCCACCUCAAUGCCUACAGACCAAGAGGCUCCGCCAAAGUUGGACCUUGAUGCCUUCAUCACCCAAGCCCUCGGUGGAACACCAGCACCAUUGCACUCCUACUUCGAGUCAUUCAGAACGCUUUACAACAAGAGAUUGUGGCAUCAGCUCACCCUCAAGCUCUUUGACUUCAUCAACGAGCCGGCGAGUGCACCAUACCAGGUUGAAGUGUUCACUCGCUUCGUACGCGACUUCGAGUCUCGCAUAAACUCAUUGCGUCUGGUCGAGCUCGCGGCGAAAGUUGCCCGCCAGAUCGACAACCCUCAAUCCCAUCUCCUGCUCCUCUCUUCCCUCCUCACCCGCAUACGCGAGGCUGAAAACCCUUCGAAGGAAGCUGAAGCGCACCUCCUAACAACGAUCGCUUACUCAAAACUGGUCUUUGGUGAUCUUGAUGGCGCGAGGAAAGAUAUGGACAGCUCAUGGGAGAUUCUGGAGACAUUGAGCGGGGUAGAGCGGGGGGUUAGCGGAACAUUCUAUCAGAUGGCGGCGGACUAUUACAAGGCCAAGGCCGAUUACGCACCGUAUUACAAGAAUGCACUGCUGUAUCUCGCCUGUAUCGAUGUCGCCACGGAUCUGACGGCAGAGGAACGCCUUCUCCGAGCACAUGACCUUGGCAUCGCUGCCCUCCUUGGCGAGACGAUUUACAACUUUGGAGAGCUGCUGAUGCAUCCUAUCCUCGACGCCCUCGACAAUACCGAUUAUGAUUGGAUUAAGCGUCUGCUCUUCACUUUCAAUGAGGGCAACAUUGGUAAAUUCGAAGCGAUUGCUCCGCUUUUCCCCAAAGAGCCAAUUCUCCAAGACUCGUACCCUUUCCUGCGCCAAAAGAUUUGCCUUAUGGCACUUAUUGAAGUAGUCUUCCGACGGGGUGCGGGAGAGCGUACGAUUCCGUUCCAGACCGUUGCUGCCGAGACGCGUCUCCCCACUAACGAGGUCGAGCACCUCCUCAUGAAGGCCCUCAGUCUUAAUCUGAUCAAGGGCUCACUCGACCAAGUAUCUGGCGUGGCUCACAUCACGUGGGUUCAGCCGCGUGUGCUGUCGCGCGAGCAGAUCGGGCACCUCGCAAGUCGCCUGCAGGGGUGGAUGGACCGAUUGGCUUCAGUGGAAGGGCGCAUCGCUCCUGAGGUGAGCGCAACUGCAUGAGGAAGAGGCCGUUUUUAGGAACAAGAGAAGAAGGGAGGCGAGGGAGGUGUACGUAGAAGCCGAGUGCACAUUUCGCCUUUGUACUUUUGCAUUAAAAUACAUUAAUUCUUUUACCCUGUUCGAAGUGUGCUAGCAAUACAGAAAAC